AUGAACGGUAUAGGUGGAGACUUUGAUAAAUGGACCAGAAGCAAAGAAUACAGUUUUAACGUUAAAUGUGAUGCUAAAGGUUAUCUUGUCUCGGCUAAUCCUCGAGAUCCUGACUAUUGUAAUCAAGAAAAUCCAACUAAAAAUCUAGAAAAAGUCGCCGAUGCUGAACGCAAUCCUUAUGGCUAUACAAAAAUUCCUCAAGCAUCUUGGGAAACCCGUUGGCUUUAUCAAACUUCUCCUGUUGAAUAUGAACAGGCUGAUAUUUAUAUGGAGGACCCAACAUUCAAUGGGUUUCAAUCCAAACCAAUCAAUAGUAAUACUUGCCUGAAUAUUUAUAAUUUUAGAACUAGUCGAUUAUCUCCUUGUGUACGACGUGCUCAACAGGAAAUGACAAAAAUGGAUGCAUCAUUUAUUUUCACUAACGUUAACAUGAAAGUUUGUUGCGACCAUCAAGUUUCUAUUACUAUUGAUUGUAGUAUUUUCCCCCAGACCCGUCUUUACAUUGAUAGAAAAAUGGUUGGUGAACAAGAACAGACUGAUCUUGGCAAGUUUAUCCAGUCAGAUCCUUCUAAAUUAUCUAAGGCUGGUUAUGGAAAAAUUGCUCAUUCUGGUAAAUCAUUAAUAUAUAAUAAAAAAGUUGAAAAG